GUCAGCCGUUGAGCAGCAUUUAACUUUGACAUAAAAUGUGAAAUAUCUUUAAACAUUUCAUACCGACUCGUUAACGAAAUUCAGUUGUAAAAGUUGCACGCAAAGGUGCAGUGAGUGUUACAAGUUCAAUAAACUCCUAACGGAAGUCUUCGAUUUUUCGUCAUAUACUAUUACUUACUACUUAUCAGUAUAGUCAGUCGUCGUAUGUACAGAAAUUAGGGCGUGAAAAAGGGAGUAAAUUUUAUUGACUAAUAAUUUGUAAUAAUUCCAAACAUGACUGGUUCAUAAAGAAUUCGGCAUGCCAAGAAUUAUUUCCUGGAGGUUGCAUGGGUAGUCAUGAAUAUUUUAUAAAUAUGACUUGUAAGCCUAAGACUAUAAUAAUUACAUUGAUCAGUAAUUUUAAGAUAAUGUAUGUAAAACCAGAACUUUUAUGGAUUUAUCAUUGAAGGAAUAAAAAAUGUCUAGAAAGCGGGCAAGAGAAGAAACUACUAUGUUGGAUUCCACACCUUAUACAAAUCUCCAAAAUGGGGAAAGUGCAUCUUGCUCUAAAGAAGAUUCACCUGUCUAUCCACUCCUGACAAUGACUUGGGGAACCAACAGGAAUUCAAACAGUGAAUCAGGUCAAAUUUCACUAAAAAUGUGUAAUAGCAAAAUUUCUGUUUAUCACAAAGAACUUCCAUCAAUUUGUAAGGAAGCUCCCUUUAGCGAUGAGCCUGAAGCAAUUGCAGAAAGAAAUGCAUGUGAUUAUAAUAUUCGCAUUACAUUAAAAAUGGCAAAGAGUGACAAAGCUCCCAGGAAAAUUAGAGUAUACGCAGAUGGUAUUUAUGAUCUAUUUCACCAAGGACAUGCACGACAACUUCUACAAGCCAAAAAUAUUUUCCCACAUGUAUACCUCAUUGUAGGAGUUUGUAAUGAUGAAUUAACACAUAGUAAAAAGGGAAGAACAGUGAUGACAGAUGUUGAGAGAUACGACGCAGUAAGGCAUUGUCGUUAUGUAGAUGAGGUCGUCAGAGAUGCACCUUGGGAACUGAGUGAUGAAUUUCUUACAAAACAUAAAAUCGACUUUGUUGCUCAUGAUGAUAUACCUUAUAUGACAGAUGAUAGUACAGAUGUUUAUGCAGCCUUGAAAGCUAAGGGUAUGUUCGUUGCUACGCAGAGAACUGAAGGAGUGUCAACAUCGGAUAUCGUAGCGAGAAUAGUUAAAGAUUACGAUAUUUACGUAAGGAGAAAUCUUGCGCGAGGCUACAGUGCCAAAGAACUUAACGUUUCUUUUCUUAGCGAAAAGAAGUUCCGUUUACAAAAUAAGUUUGAUGAUUUAAAAGAUAAGGGUAAACGAGUGAUGGAGAAUAUAGGUGAGAAACGAAUGGAUAUGAUUAGCAAGUGGGAAGAGAAAUCUCGAGAUUUCAUCGAUGCUUUUCUACUAUUAUUUGGCAGGGAAGGCAGAUUGUCAACAAUUUGGAAUGAAAGUAAAGGUCGUUUGAUGCAAGCGCUAUCUCCUCCUGCAAGCCCAAAAAGAGAUGGCAGUCCAAAUGGCAGUAAUACCAGCAAUAACGAUGAAGAUCAGACAAGUCCACCACCGAAAAAGACUGGCCGUUUCGAAUGUUCGCAAAGUAAUUAUUAUUUAAGCGAUGACUAUAGCGACGAUGAGGAGGAAACUUUGCACUCAAAAUGAUAAUCCGUUUUCCCCACCAUCAUUCUUCAUUUUGACCAAAAAUAUCGUGCAAUCUCUUUAAGAGUGUUUAAAACUAUUUUCACGCAGUAAUGUGAUUUGUUAAAAUUAUACAUAUAUAUAUGAUUAUCUGUAAUCUGUUACAACAUAGAAAUUGAAUCUGAUUAGAAUUAUUGUAUACAAAUUAGAUUAUAAAUGUGCACAAACGCCACGUACAGAAGUCACGCAGAUAACUUGAGACAGUCAUUACAAAUAUUUCUUCCGA